AGCUCAAAAUCCCAUUAAGUUUAAUCACAAAAACCUCCCCGUCGGUGUUGAAGAAACCCCGGGGUUUCAAACCUAGGCCUACUAAAGCCGGCACUUGUGAUUUCGAAACGCAAGAAGGAUUUAGAAAAAAAGAGAAAAAGGAAGUUGGAGUUACAAAGAGGCAACUAUGAGCCGUCCCAGUAUCAGGCACACACCGGCCAAGUCCAACUUUGACUUCAGCACCAACGGACUCACAAUCGAUGACGUCACACCUAACACCGCCAUUGUGACGUCCAGGCUGGUGCGCCAGGGGCCGGUCACGGAGCCCCUGGCCGUUCCCAUCUACCACUCAAGCACCUACGCCGUGGACAAGAUGGAGGACAUCACUUCCGGUAUUUUGGAUGGUGGGCCGAUAUACUCCAGACUUUCCAACCCUACUACUGAGGCGGCGGAGGCAAUGAUUAAUUCCCUGGAGAAAGGAGCCGGCUCCCUGACAUUUAGUAGCGGCAUGGCGGCAGUGACUUCCAUAUUCCUGGGAUUCUUAAAGAAAGGUGAUCAUGUGAUACAACAGAUACCAGUCUAUCCAGGCACAGCCACUGCAUUGAAACUUUUGCGAGAUUCUUAUGGCGUGGAACUGACCACAGUGAAGGACGUCACAGUUGAGGAAGUGGCCAAGUUCAUCAAACCUAAUACCAAAUUAUUGUGGUUUGAGACCCCUUGUAAUCCAGACUCCACUGUGGUUGACGUCGAGGAGCUGACAGCGUUAGCCAAGUCCAGAAAUAUCCUUGUGGCAGUGGACGGUACAUUUGGCAGCCCCGCGCUACAACAUUUCAUGCCUUAUGGAAUCGACUUUUCAAUGCACAGUUGCACUAAAUACAUCGGAGGACAUUCCGAUUUGAUUGGAGGAGUGGUGACCACCAGAACAUUGGAGCAGUGGCGAGUCCUUAAACAUAUUCAGGGAACUUUUGGGAACAUGUUGUCCCCCCAUGACGCCAGCUUGGUCAUCAGAGGCUUUAGGACAUUGACAUUAAGGAUGGACAAAAUCAGUUCUACUGCCAUGCAAGUGGCCAUUGUUUUAGAAGGACAUCCAAAGGUCCAGCGUGUCCACUAUCCUGGCCUCAAGUCUCACCCACAGCACGAGAUCGCCAAGAAACAGAUGUCUGCAUACAGCGGGAUGAUCAUGGCAGAGAUCAAAGGAGGAGAACAAGGAGGCAGAACAGUGGCGGAGAGUUUAAGAAUUGUACGGCUUGCUGUGUCUUUAGGCGGUGUAGUCAGUCUUGUAGAGCAUCCUUUUUCCAUGACCCAUGGUCGCUAUUUAUUGACUCCUGAGGAGACAGAUGAAGGCGGGAUAACUCCAGGCAUGUUAAGAAUCAGCAUUGGUCUUGAAGACGCAGUUGAUUUAAUUAAAGAUUUUGAACAAGCUUUGGCUAAAGUCAAGAUAUAGAGAUGACUCUUAAAUGUACAAUCUAAUCUAAUCUAAUCUAAUCUAAUUCUCGUUUCUUUCCUUUGCCUAUUUCAUCUUCAUGGCUUUCUAUUAAAAACUUUUUUAAAACUAUAUUUUGUAUACAUAUCAAAUGUUGAAAAUAAGAGAAGAUUAUGUCUGCAGUCCGUCAGGUUAUGUAAAUGUGUUCUUCUGUCAAUUUAAAAGAAUGAAUUGUGUUCUAUUGAAGUUAGUGUGACUAUCAUGUGGUAAACAUUUGCACUGACAACUAUUUUACUGUCACUUACCAGCUCAAAAAAUAAUAUUUCAGAAAUAUUUCUUAAGUACAUUGGAUCAAUCACAAUCACUGUCUUGGUCAGAAAAACAAAUAAAG